AUGGAUGUUGAAACGAGGGCACACUUCGGCAUCGUGCAACUCAUCUCGCCGGCCGUCGACGGAAAAUGGCGAGCCCUCUGCCGCCGGAGAUCGCCGCGCUCCAGCUCCACGCCGGGCGUCGGCACGGCGAACCCGGCGAACUGCGUGGCGCAGGAGGAGUACCCGGACUGGUACUUCCGGGUCACCAAAAGCGACCACCUCGCCGACCUCAAAGCCAAGAUGAAGAGGAUGUGUGACAAAUCAGCUAUCAAGAAGCGCCAUUUCUACCACUCGGAGGAGAUGAUCGCCGGCCACCCUGAGUUCAUCAACCGCGCCGCGCCUUCCCUCGACGCGCGGCUCAGCAUCGCCAAGGACGCCGUGCCGGAGCUGGCCAUGGCCGCGGCGGCGAGGGCGAUCGCCGAGUGGGGCCGCCCGGCCACGGACAUCACCCACCUCGUCGUCUCCACCAACUCCGGCGCCCAUUCCCCGGGCGCCGACGUGCGUCUGGCGGCGCUGCUCGGCCUCCGCCCCACCGUCCAGCACACCGUCAUCUACCUCCAUGGCUGCUCCACGGGCUGCAGCGCGCUCCGCCUCGCCAAGGACAUCGCCGAGAACAACCGCGGCGCGCGCGUGCUCGUGGCGUGCGCCGAGGUCACCCUCCUGGCGUUCAUGGCCCCCGACGAGGCCCACCUCGACACACUCGUCGCGAUGUCGCUGUUCGGCGACGGCGCCGGCGCAGUCGUCCUCGGCGCCGACCCAAGGUCCCCCGUGGAGUGCCCCAUCUUCCACAUGGUGUCCACGUCGCAGGCCAUCAUACCGGGGACCGAGGAGAGAGUCUCCAUUGAGGUGAGCGAGCGCGGCCUCGACUACAAGAUCUCCGGCGAGGUGCCGGCGCUGGUGCGCGCCAGCAUCGAGCGGUGCCUGGCCGACGCGCUGGCGCCGCUCGGCCUCACGGCGGCCGGCGGCGGAUGGGACCACCUCUUCUGGGCGAUGCACCCAGGAGGCCGAGCGAUCCUGGACAGCUACGAGGCGGGGCUCCGGCUGGAACCCCGGAAGCUGACGGCGAGCCGGCGCGUCCUGCGCGAGUACGGCAACAUGAGCGGCGCCGCGAUAUUCUUUGUCCUCGACGAGAUACGGCGGCGCCAUCGGUGCGGCGAGGAAGAGGAGCCCGCGUUCUGCGGCUGCGAGUGGGGAGCCCUCGUUGGGCUCGGGCCGGGGCUCACCGUGGAGACGACGGUGGUGCGCGCCGCCGGUGGCCGUGACGAUGGCAACGAGCCCAUUGCUGCUUGA